GGCAGCCCGAGGGCGGGGCGCCAAGCGUGAAGCAGGCGGAUCCCAGGUACCCCCCGAGUCACAUUAACUUUGCUUUAGAAGACAGCUUUACAAGGAUCUAGAAGAAACAGGAUUAAAGAUGGACUGAACACUGGGCUCCAAAAAUUUAAAACAAUCAGCAUCACAAAUCACAUAGUCUUCUGUGGAGUUGAAAAGUGAUAAGUCUGCUCUUCACAGUGUUUUGGGAUUUUCCAAUUCCUGAAAAAGGUUCACCAAGGAACUGCACAGGACUGAAUCCAUAUGGAAGAAGAACUUCCUCUUAUCUAUGGAGAAAGUGGCAAGCCAGUACGGGCUACUCUGUCAUCUCUGAAGAUGUUAGAUGUGGGGAAGUGGCCAAUUUUUUCCCUCUGUUCUGAGGCAGAGCUGCAGUUAAUUCGUCAGGCUUGUGUCUUUGGCAGUGCUGGCAAUGAAGUUUUGUAUACUACAGUAAAUGAUGAGAUUUUUGUGCUUGGCACCAACUGCUGUGGCUGUUUGGGGUUAGGCGAUGUCCAGAGCACCAUUGAACCUCGGAGACUGGAUUGUUUAAGUGGCAAAAAGAUAGCCUGCCUCAGCUAUGGGAGUGGUCCACAUGUUGUCCUGGCAACGACAGAAGGAGAAGUUUUUACCUGGGGUCAUAAUGCUUAUAGCCAGCUGGGCAAUGGCACAACUAAUCAUGGUUUAGUGCCCUGUCAUAUCUCUACUAACUUGUCAAAUAAACAAGUCAUUGAAGUUGCCUGUGGGUCCUACCAUUCUUUGGUGCUAACAUCUGAUGGAGAGGUAUUUGCCUGGGGCUAUAAUAACUCUGGGCAAGUAGGGUCUGGAUCAACAGCUAACCAGCCUAUCCCUAGAAGAGUCACAGGCUGCUUACAGAAUAAAGUAGUUGUGAACAUAGCAUGUGGGCAGAUGUGCUCAAUGGCCGUGGUGGACACUGGGGAGGUCUAUGUCUGGGGUUACAAUGGAAAUGGGCAGCUUGGACUUGGCAGUAGUGGCAACCAGCCAACCCCCUGCAGAGUAUCAGCUCUGCAAGGCAUUCGUGUCCAGCGGGUUGCCUGUGGCUACGCACAUACAUUAGUACUAACAGAUGAAGGCCAAGUGUAUGCUUGGGGCGCAAAUUCUUACGGUCAGCUGGGCACUGGCAAUAAAAGUAACCAGUCCUAUCCUACCCCCGUUGUUGUGGAAAAGGACAGAAUUAUAGAGAUCGCAGCCUGUCACUCUGCCCACACGUCUGCUGCCAAGACCCAGGGUGGGCACGUGUACAUGUGGGGCCAGUGCCGCGGCCAGUCGGUGAUCCUCCCGCACCUCACCCACUUCUCCUGCACCGACGAUGUGUUUGCCUGCUUUGCCACGCCUGCUGUCACCUGGCGCCUCCUCUCCGUGGAACCUGAUGACCACCUCACAGUGGCCGAGUCACUGAAGAGGGAAUUUGACAACCCGGACACUGCAGACCUAAGGUUUCUGGUCGAUGGAAAGUACAUUUAUGCACAUAAAGUCCUUCUCAAAAUUAGGUGUGAACAUUUUCGUUCUUCACUGGAUGACAAUGAGGAUGACAUUGUAGAGAUGAGUGAAUUUUCAUAUCCUGUUUACCGAGCCUUCCUGGAAUACCUGUACACAGAUAGCAUCAGCCUUUCUCCUGAGGAGGCAGUAGGAUUGCUAGAUUUGGCUACAUUUUAUAGAGAAAAUCGUUUGAAAAAGCUCUGCCAACAAACCAUCAAACAAGGGAUCUGUGAGGAGAAUGCCAUUGCUCUGCUUUCUGCCGCUGUAAAAUACGAAGCUCAGGAUUUAGAAGAAUUCUGCUUCAGGUUUUGCAUAAACCAUCUGACUGUGGUAACACAAACUUCAGGAUUUGCAGAAAUGGACCAUGACCUCCUGAAGAACUUUAUCAGCAAAGCAAGCCGAGUUGGAGCAUUUAAAAAUUGAUCUCCAUCUGCAGGAAAGGAGAGUUUUUGAGCUUUUUAUUUCCCUUGCAAAAGCCAGAGAUUAAACUCCUCUUAAAUUAAUAGGAUUUAUGAUGAGCUACAUUUGGCUGAAUAUGUGCGCUCUGUCAAAAGGAAAACGGUGGUCACUUUUCCGUCUGCCUGCGUUCAAAGUUUAUGUAGAAAGCAUCAAAUGCUCUGAUCAGAUGUGAUUAAGUGCAAAGGAAAAAAAAAAAAAACGUCUUAUAUUUAUCAGUUCCUGUUUUUGAGUCAGUUAAGUUGGAUGCCUUUGGCACGCUGGUCUCAAUUUAUGCUAUUCUGGCCAAAUGCUCCACUACUCAGCUGGCUGACAUCAGAUUUUGGCAAAGAAGGCUGUCUCUACCACAUUGUCAGCAUCCA